AACUGAUUGUGCUUUAUCUGAGGUGCAACGCAGGCUGUGCCAUCCUGUGCUGCGGAGUGGGUGGAUAAGGGAAGUCCCGCCCAGUUCCUGGGGUUCCCUGAGAUGGGGACACUGAUUGGUGUGGCAUGCUACCUCUGCCCCAAUUGAGAAGCUUCAAUGAAGUCCGCCUCCGGCUUAAAUAGCCUGAUUGAUAGCAGCUGAGGGCAGCUGAGGACAGCUGCCAGACCAGAUUUGUUUGUCUCGAUGUAUGAGUGAAUGAGGAAGUGGGCCAGGGUUGAGCUUUAAAAACUGAUAUCCUUCUUGCAUCUACCAGGUUUGUUUUGUACAUUUUGUACAUUAGGUGCAGGGGUGCUCUCGGCUGUGUUACAUUUGACCUCAAAGCUCCAGUAAAUUUGUGGGAAAUUGAAACAAUGACACAGCGGAAGUGUCAGCAAUCUGCAGGAUAUAAAGACAGAAGCAGCAGAGGUGGCUCGACACACCAGCUGAUCCUGAAUCAGGCUCCAGUCUCGGUUCAUCAUCAUCAUCCUCAUCAUCAUCAACAUGAGCAUCAGCAUGAAGGCGUUCAGCGUGUCUCUGACUCUCUGCACCUUUUUGACCCUAAGCAAUGCCUGGUCCAUCGACCCCACCAGCCCCACUUUUCAGCAAGGGGGCCUCUGUGAACAACUGAAGAAUAGCGUCAUUGGAGAGUUUGUCCCACAGUGUGAUGCUAAGGGGAACUUCCUCCCACAGCAGUGCUGGGUGUCCACAGGUUACUGCUGGUGCGUCAAUGCCAUCACGGGGGAGGAGAUACCGAACACGAAGACACCACCGGGCGUCACACCUGUUCAGUGUGCCCUCUGCCAGGACCAGAGAAAGAAUAGCACCAGAGUGCCUGGAAAUUCUGUCCCAAAGUGUGACGCAAACGGGAACUUCCUCCCCCAGCAGUGUUCUAGGUCCACCGGGUACUGCUGGUGUGUCAAUGUCACCACUGGGGUAGAGAUACCGAACACGAGGACACGGCCGGGUGUCAAACCUCUUCAGUGUGUCAAGAACUCCUGCCCGAAGGAUUGGUCCCAUGUUGGAAAACGAUGUUUCAGCUUCAUCGACAGCCCGAAGACUUGGACUGAAGCCAAGGAUUACUGCCUGUUUGAAGGAGCCAACCUGGCAUCGGUCCACAGUAAGGACGAGAAUAACUUCAUUCAGAUUUUGACCAGAGGAGACAACAACGAAUUCCCCCUAACCUGGAUCGGUGGCAUCGAUUGCAUUAAGUCCGGUUUUUGGAUGUGGAGUGACGGCACCAUGUUUAACUACGAAAACUGGUCCAAGGACUACAACUUGCGAGACAAAGAGAGAACAAGGAACUGUCUGGAGAUGAAUUAUGGAUAUCGCAAGAAGUGGGCCGCCGCCUCCUGCAAUGACACUCUCCCUUUUGUUUGUGCCAAGGAGAUCUGACACAUCUGAGGAGGCCCGAAGAGCAAGAUCUAACAGUCGGAGUAACGUAACCUCACUAUGUAAUCACACUGUGGGAUCCAGAUCCAUUUACAGGUCCCACGAACUCUCUGAUUGCUUUCUAGUUAGACAAGUUUAGCACGAUCCACUAUCAAUCCUGUACCAUGAUGGUUGUUUAAUACACAUUGUGUUCAUGAUGAUAGUGUAUCUUGUUUAAAGCACAAAUUAGUCCCAGCCAACUUGGAGAGGAGGCUCUUCUGUCUGUGUGAGGGAGACGACAGGAAGUGCAGUUUUGGAAAUCUGUUCUGCGUUUGAACGAGGAUGAAGUAAGAGAGAUGUGAGUGAGCAAAUCAGGGAAGUUAGAAUAUUUAAUGCAUCCUGUCAGUGAGCGGAGGAGUCCUUUCUUUAAGAAAAAGCUGAGAUAGGGAUGUUAAUCAAUGAUAAUGAUAUGCAUUAAAAAAAACUCACUUGGGCCUGGCUCCGUUCCGAAAUAAUAUGAUCAAUGACACAGUAAUGUAACAUGUAAAGUGUCUUCCACUUGUCAGAGCAACAAUUAAGUACUGUACUAAGCCAACAUAAAUAAUAAAUAAUAUAAUCAGAAAGAAAUUUGUUCACAUGGGGAAACCAAAGACUUUUGAACACCUGUUUCUUUAACAUGUAUAUAAGAAACUAGCAAUAAAAGAUGAUUGUCAAAAAGACCUAGGCACAAUAAAGGAAGGGGAGUGAAGAUGGGGAUUAAGGAUUGAAAUGGUUCAAAGCCAAUUUUAGAUGUAGGAAACAUGAUAUAAGUGUGUGUAAAUGUGUCCAACUGACACCGGCCAAAAUGCUGUAUAAAACAUUACAUUCAGCUGUCUAUGCCUGUAGUCUGUUGAUGUGUCUGGGACAGCUUGGUUUACUUGUAAACAUGUAAUUGUUUAAAAUAAAUCUGCCUUAAGUGAA